UUCCACACAGGAAGGUCACACCAUCCCCCACCAUCAUCAGAACAAAGAAAUUACUAAAAUGAAAGUUGAGCGUCACGAGGAAGAAGAAGAAGAAGAGACGUAUUUGUGGGGUGAUCAGCAGGCUGUGGAGGAGAUGGUCAGAAUGGUGACAAUUAAGGAGGAGGACGUUCUUGUAGAGAUCGGCAUUGGACUUGGAGGCCACAUGAAAACUUCAGAGGAUUUUCCGAAUUGUGAAGGCAUCAGAGGAGAUUGUUGGGGAAGAAACCUCGUUCUUUCAGAUAUCCACCCUAGACCUCCGAAUGUGGGCAGAUCACCGGAUCUCACCAAUCCCGAGGACCCGUCUUUUAUUAAACCACAUUCUGUAACCCCGGGACUUCACGGUAUGGAUGGAUCACCAGAUCCCUUUGGUCUUGGGGAUCCUUCUGCUCUCAAUCCGGGAAGUGACCAAAUCAACUUUGGAAAGAAGUCCCAUCCAUGUUUCGAGUGUGGGAAACUAUUUCCGAAAAAAUCACUUUUGCUCAGACAUCAGAGAACUCACACUGGCGAGAAGCCAUUUUUAUGCUCCGAGUGCGGGAAAUGUUUUUCUCAUAAAUAUGAUCUCGUUGUCCACCAAAGAUCUCACACAGGCGAGAAGCGAUAUUUGUGUCCUGAGUGUGGGAAACGUUAUGCCCAUAAAUCGGCCCUUGCUCGACACAAAAAAACUCACACAGGCGAGAAGCCUCAUUUCUGCCCGGAGUGCGGGAAAUGUUUCCUACAGAAAUCGGACCUCGUCGUGCACAAGAGGUCUCACACAGGCGAGAAGCCGUAUUCUUGUCCUCAGUGCGGGAAACGUUUUUCUUGUUCGUCAGAGCUCGCCAGACACCAAAGAACCCACAGGGACGAGAAGCCAUGUUUGUGUCUAGAGUGCGGAAAAUGUUUUUCUCGGAAAUCAGACCUUGACGUCCAUCAAAGAUCUCACACGGGCGAGAAGCCUCAUUCGUGUCUCGAGUGUGGGAAAUGUUACAUAAACAAAGCCGCACUCGAUGUGCAUCAGAGAAUUCACACGGGCGAGAAGCCCUAUUUGUGUUUAGAGUGUGGGAAAAGUUUUGCAUGUAAAUCGUAUCUUCUUGUACAUCGAAGGUCUCAUACGGGCGAGAAGCCGCAUUGGUGUCCCGAGUGUGGGAAAUGUUACGUCCAUAAAUCUGACCUCGCCAGACACCGAAGAACCCACACGGGUGAGAAGCCUCACGAGUGUUCAGAGUGUGGGAAACGUUUCCUACAAAAGUCAGACCUCGUCGUGCACAAGAGGUCCCACACGGGCGAGAGGCCUUAUUGCUGUUCUGCAUGCGGGAAGUGUUUCAUUUGUACGUCGGACCUAGCCAGACACCAAAGAACUCACAGCGGCGAGAAGCCCCAUUGGUGUUUGGCGUGUGGGAAAAGUUUUGCGCGUAAGUCGGACUGGACCAUACAUCAGAGGUCUCACACGGGGGGAGAAACCGUAAUCUUGUUAUGAGUGCGGGAAAUGUUUUGUGCAGAGAACAGACCCGAAAAGCCAGCUUCCUGUCCCGACUGCGGGAAAUGCUUUUUCCCAAAAUGCGUAGGCCAGCGUCAACGAUCUCACCCGGGUGCAGAGACAUAUUGAUCUUCCGAUUGUGGGAAAUGUUUGAUCUCUAAUUUACAGCUUGACAGAUAAGCUUGAAAAUCCAAACAAGGUGACCAACCCACCCGGUGUAGGAAGCAAUUCCUAAGGAGGACCGAGCUCAUUAAGGAAACCUUCACUAAAGAGCGUAGGCUUCUCCUGCUGACCUCUUCUUCUGGAAUUGCUAGCUGCUUGGUCGACGUCAUAAGUAUGCAGGCGGAACAUACUGCCCUCAUUGUCUCCAUGAGCUUUCCAGGCCAGUGAUUGGAAAGGCAUUAAAAAAAUGCCCCAGGACGACGUCAUCUUUGACGAAACGCGCAGGGAGGAGCGACGUGCUGACGUCACCGCGUUUGCGCCAGUCCCGAACCACGGGCUGGAAUUUUGAGCCGGCCGGCUCUUUUUUUUUUUUUUUUUUUUUUCUGUGAGUUUUACUUUCAUUGAUGUAAGUGCAACAUUUUUAUUUUACUUGAAUAAACCUUAAGAUUUAACA